GACUGAUCGCCUCUGCCGAUCUUGUCUUCUUACAACGCCGUGGCAGUUCGCAUCUCAUGUGCGGCUGAAGGCGCUCAGCUUUCAAAGGACUAACUUUCCUGUAAAGUAGCUUUAAUGCAGCCGAGUGCCGCGUUGUGUUUGUGUUUAAGGACAGGUUGAUCCUCAACCAGACUUUUUUUUUUUCUUUUGACGAUGGUCGCCGGAGGAGGUUCUGCCGAUUUUAACCCGUCGGUACCCGUCAAGAUCUUUUCGGCCGGGGCGGCCGGCUGCGUGGCGGACCUGGUCACCUUCCCGCUGGACACGGCCAAAGUCAGACUGCAGAUUCAAGGCGAAUCCAAGCCCUUGGUGAGAGGCCAGAGGGCCACAUACAGAGGAGUGUUCGGCACCAUCUUCACCAUCCGGAGGACCGAGGGUGCCAGGGGCCUGUACAACGGGCUGGUCGCCGGCCUUCACAGACAGAUGAGCUUCGCCUCGGUGCGAGUGGGCCUGUACGACAGCAUGAAGCAGUUCUACGGCAGGGGCUCGGAGAAUGCCGGCAUCGCGGCCCGGCUGCUGUCGGGCUGCACCACGGGGGCCUUGGCGGUGGCCUUGGCCCAGCCCACCGACGUGGUGAAAGUCCGCUUCCAGGCGCAGGUACGCCUGCCCCAGGGCGGCUCGACGACCAGGUACAGCGGCACCAUGGACGCCUACAGGACCAUAGCCAGGGAUGAGGGCGUCCGAGGGCUGUGGAAAGGUUGCCUGCCAAACAUCACUCGCAACGCCAUCGUCAAUUGCUGCGAGAUGGUCACCUAUGACAUCAUCAAGGAGCGCAUCCUGCAGCACAAGCUGAUGACGGACAACAUGCCCUGCCACUUUACUGCCGCCUUCGCCGCCGGGUUCUGCACCACGGUGGUGGCGUCUCCGGUGGACGUGAUCAAAACGCGCUACAUGAACUCGGUGCCGGGCCAGUAUGGCGGCGCCAUCAACUGCGCCUUUACCAUGCUGCUCAAAGAGGGGGCCACCGCCUUCUAUAAGGGAUUCAUGGCCUCCUUCCUGCGCUUGGGCUCGUGGAACAUUGUUAUGUUCAUGAGCUACGAGCAGAUUAAAAGAGGUGUGGCUAAACUGCAGAAGUCCCUGGAAUCUUCGCUCUAACCCGUCUGGCAGGUUGUCGCUUUGUGUUGUGAAAUUUAAGUGCAGUGUACGACCCAAAUAAAAUACAACUACACAUGACAGAAACGGCCCAGGAAGGUGUUUGGGCCUGACCUCGCCGGAUGGGUUUUCCACGCUAGUCGUGUUGUGCCUUUCCUCCAAAAACAGCAUGUACGAUAAUAUUUCUUAUCCAUGCAUUUUCUGUACCGCUUAACCUCACGCAGGUUGCGGGCGUGCUGCAGCCUAUCCCAGCUAUCUUCGGGCGAGAGGCGAGGUACGCCCUGAACCAGGCGCCAGCCAAUCGCAGGGCACAACCGCAAACAAACAAACAACCAUUCGCACUCACAUUUACACCUAUGGGCAAUUUAGAGUCUUCAAUCAACCUCCCACGUGUUUUUUUUUUUUUUUUGACCAAAAAUGCAACAAAAUGUUUUUUUAAAAUCUGAAAAACAGGUAAACUAAACAAAAAAGAAAAUAUACAUGCAUUUUAUUGUAUGAUAAAACUGGGAACUAAACACUAAUUUUUAUUAUAUAUUGAAUUGAGAUUAAAUAAGAAAUAUCGUCCAAAUAACAGAUCAGAAAAUAGAUCAAAUAAACUCAACAAUUAUGGUCAAUAGAUGUUGUUUUUAAUAUUACAAAAUAAAUAAAUGAUACAUAUUUAAUAGAAGUUUAUGUUGGAGACAAUUUUUUUAUUUUUUUUAAACAGGUACGCCUUUUGUGAAAACAAUAGAAAAAGCAAAACAUGCGUGAAUUAAUUCAUCCAUUUACAUACUCGGUGAGAUGAAGUUUUGUUCCACUGUGGUUUAAAAGGACACUUCAGAGGCUAAUGACACUCAAGUUUAUUUAUUUUAGUUUUUCAUUAUUAUGGAUGGUGUGAUGAAUGAGUACCUUUUUUUUACAAUGAAACUGGUGUAGCCUGUCCAUGAUUGUGUGUGUGUGUGCGAGUGUGUGCGCGUGCCACUACUACUGCGACGCUGGGUGAGUUUUUGUUUUUCAGUGGAAUUUUUAGGAAUUUCUUUCUCUGUCGAUAAAUUUGCAUUCAAACUUGUGUUGAGUCAUUGUCAUUGCGAACCAAGAUAAGAGUGCACAGAAAUAGUGCAAUACUGAACAUGGACCCACUUUGUCUUCGUUUUUGUUUUAUCAUCGUCUCAUGAAAUACUACAAAGACCUCUUGUGGAGGGCUCAGCACUUAUUUAACGUUGCCUUUGUUGACAGUGCAUUUACAUUUGUCUCUGUUUCCUUGUUUGUGGCACAAAUAAACCUCGCAGAUGUGA